CGAGCAUAGCAUACUCGCAUGUUGAUGCUACAUGCUACGACAUGCAACAUAAUCAUUCCUCCUGGAGACCGAGAUAUCUCAUACUGGUGCUGUUAGGUGUCUUGGCCACCGUGACACGCUAUUUGGUAUUCCCAAUCAACUCACAAGAGCAAGAUCAUGUCACUAAAGCAAAACAUGGUCAAGUCCAUCAUUUCCAGACCAUCUUCGAAACUCAUAUCGUAUUUGAGGACGUUUUUGAAGGCUGUUCGAGCCCACACACAUCCCCGCGAUAUCAAAAACAAAGAGACAAAUUUCUAUCUCAAUUGGAGAGAAGUAGAAAUGAUGUCCAAGCCAAGAAGGGUCCACGCUACCGCUUGCUCCAAGCUUUGUACGGAUUCUCGAGAUAUGAAGACGUGAACUCAAAGGAAGCACUCCGUCUCGAGUCUUUAUACAACAAGACCUCAAAGGAAAAGAAAAAGUUUAUCGAGUCGGCACUCACAUAUCAGUCCAACUUCGACGAAACUCGUGCUCUUUUCACUUCCAACAAUCAACUCAUCAAAAAAAUCAUUUUGCGGGCAAUGGAUCACUAUCAAAUUUCCCAGGAAGAGUUAGCAACCUUCAUAACUUCAAUCGAAGCCCAUGAUCAGAAAGAUAAAGCUAAGCCAGACAAGACCAGCAUGUCCCAGGCCCUGAAACACGUUGUGCGAGAGUGGUCUACCGAGGGGUUUCACGAAUGGUCUGGAUCAUAUGCCGUUAUCAGAGAGAGUCUAAUUUGCCUUUUCCCGCGCCAGCUCAACAACAGCAAUCGCGCGUACAAUACUACCCAGCCAUCAUUGAGAAUUCUUCUUCCCGGGUCAGGACUCAACCGGAUUGCACAUGAGGUGGCUAGGCUCGGACAAGACGUACAAGUGACUGCCAACGAGUUCUCGCCAUACAUGAACAUCGUCUACAACUAUAUCAGCACGAUCACGGUCCCGUUCUCAAUGCAUUUUCAUCCCUACAUUGAUUCAUGGUCGCACCAGCCAUCUCGAGCAGAACUUCAUCGUCGUGUCCAUGCCCCUGACACCUUACCCUGCCUGUCAGAUGUUGUACUUGUUGAGGGUGACUUUUUGCGUAUCUUCAACGACCACAAAGGCCAGCAUUGGUCUGCGACACAGGACGUGCUCAUUACACAUUUCUUCCUCGACACCGCUAGAAAUGUGCUUUCGUACAUGGAGAACAUCCAUCGACUGCUCAGACCGGGUGGUACCUGGCUCAAUUUCGGUCCUUUGCUCUGGAGCUAUAAUGCCGAGCUACAACUCUCGCUAGAGGAAGUUGUCAGAUUGGCUGAAGCUAUGGGAUUUGAGUUUUUGGAAACGAGCUCGGAAUUUGGUCCAGAAACGAUCCCGGGUUUGAAGGUAAGAAGCAUCCAUGCGCCUUAUGGGUACAAUUCGAGGGCGCUGUCCGAGAACGCUUACAAGGCUCAAUUCUGGGUUGCAACAAAAAGAUAAUUCACGACGUGCAAUUAAACGAGCGAGUGGUUUGUUAUGAGAUUUCAACACUGACUAGUCUGCUUUGGAACACAUACGCUUUCUCAAUUCAAAGCCGGAGCACCAACAAGGGUUUUAAGUCGGCGAGUCUGAGUGCUGAAUCCACUGCCAUAGCUUUCGGAUUUGGCUUUCAUUUACCAGGUAUGAUGUCUCAGCGACUCUCAAGGUCGGCAUAUGUUGGUGUGUAGUCGACAUUUGAUAGCUUUGAAUUGGGCGGUCUUCAAUACUGGAACGCUUCCGACCCCCAUAUCCACGUUGCCAGAAUCCCAGCAGUUUCAAUGCAGGGUGGUCUCUAGUCGCAGGACUUUCUUUCAACUGCUCCAAUGUCUUCAACCAUUCAUCGACGGUGACGACUUUGAAAGAUAACUCUUUUGAUAACCACACGAGCAGAUCAGACCAGUGCACACCCAUGUCGGGAUUCAAGACAUGAUAUACAGCAAGAGUAUCAGAGGUUCGGUCUAUCACGCACCUUUCCACCGCAAGCUCGACAAAAGCCUUCGCUGCCAGAUCUACUGGCAACCAAUUCAAGAUUUCAUUGUUCAAGUCCGGCAGAACACCUGUGGCUUUGGCACUGACCAUAAGCAAAGGAUAUGCUUCAGACAUAUUCCAAAUCCCUGUCUUUGUGGCACCAGACAACUGACCGACACGACACACCGACACUCGGUGCUUCAACUUGGUUGAAUUGUCAGCGUCUGCACAUAUCGCCUCUGCAAUCCAUUUCGAGCGAGCGUAUCCUGUUGGCCCUGAGGCCGAAGGGUCGGCAACAUAGGCUUCGGGAAUGAAGCGACCAGUCGUCCCCCAUGAGACGGAUUGAGGAGGUUGAUAAUUUGACACCGAUGCCACACUGGAGCAGAAGAUAACGCGUGGAGAUCUGGGCGAACGAAGAGCGAAAUUCAAGAUAUUCUGCAACCCCGCCAGAUGAGUUCCAGCAAUAGACUUCAGGGAGAUCAGGAAAUUGACACUCCAAGCAAGAUGCAUGAUCACAUCCACACUAUCUGCGAGGACGUGAUACUCAUGCUUGGAGAGUCCAAGGUCCUGGUCUGAGAGUCUGCAUGACAAAAUGGUGGUUUUGGUGUCCAAGUUUGACGGAAUAUUCAGUUUUCUUGAUGUCAGUGCUUCGAAGACACGUUCUCGUGGAGCAUGCUCACUGUUGUUCCGAACAAGCAAUGAAAUGUGAGAGACUUGCGGAUCAGAAAGAAGCUGGUCAAGUAUAUGCGAACCAAGUGAGCCAGUAGCCCCAGUCAAGAGAACGUGAAUUCCACCGUGAUUAUUCGGGAUUCUGGACCGUUGCUCCUCGGAGCCCCUGUUAUGCGUUUCUUCUGCCACUUGACUCACUCGAUACUUCUGUACGAGGUCCAACAUUAACUGGUGCUGGUCGUUAGAGUCAUUUUGAACACUCUCUCCGGACCGUAGACGCAGAAUCGUAUCUCUGAGGUGUGAAAUCGUACCUGCAUCCUCAACCAGAGUCAGUGGCAAGGAUGCGAAGGACGAAUUUGGUAUCAUUCUCGCCACUGCAUUCCUGAUUUGAAUACAUCCAACAGAGUCUACCCCGAAAGUGAAUAGAUCCGUUUCAUCAGACAAAUGGUCGUCUUCGAGAUGGUCACCGCCAGCCACAGACAAGAUUAUUUCACGAAGAGCGUCAGAGACUUCGCUAUCUGGAAUGUUUGUGCUGCAGUUAGGAAGCUGGAGAUUUGCAUAUGUUGCUUCAAUGAUACCGGCAUAUUCUUGCUCGACAAUCUUUCUCAGGAUUGUGCCUUUGCUACUUUUGGCCAACCCUUCCACCACAGGCAUCAUCGGUACAAGCAUAUUCCGAGAUAUUCUCGCGUGCCUUUGAGUUUCAUGGUUUAGGGUUGCUAUCUUAGGCCAAAGCUCCCGAAUGAGCUCGCUGUUCGAUAUCAUUCGAGCAGACUCUGAUCGAAAGAGCAGCGCACCAGGGUAUGAUUUCCCGUUGCCAAAGAUGAGAACGCCGUCCAGGCUAUCAGAGGAUGCCUUGAUUGCAUCCUCUAGUGGCCCCGGGUCGAACUUCUUACCAGUGAUCAAUGUAAGUUGCGAGUCUGACCGUGAAUGAUAUCUCCAUGCAUUUGGAAUAGAUGAAUGGGGCGUAAAAAGAUCUGCAGUGGCAUAGGACCGGUUUCCGCGGUUCCUCUUCGCCAUGUGAGGCCAGUCGGGCUGGAUUACCAACUCGAAAAGACCCCCUUCCCUGGGCUCAAACUGCAAUUGGUCUCCACCGGGACUUGAUCGGAGAUAUUGCCACUCCUUAUCUUGACAGUAGUCUCGAUGUGACGACAUGAGGAACCCACACUCAGCGCUUCCGAAUCGAGAUAUCAGGUUCACAUUUUUUUGUACAAGACUGUUGCCAACAUCAAUUGGCAAGGCAGCGCCACCGACGCCGACGAUAUCCAUAGACUGAAGGAUAUCCAACCCCUUGUUAUCAUUAGCAAGCAUUUGCAGAACAUAUGGCACUGAUGAGAAGUAUUUGACUGGUGGAAUGGCAGGGUCCAAUUUAGCCUGGUUCUGCGCAAUGUCAAGACAAGUGAACACAUGAGCGGCAGUAAUUGGCAGUUCCUUUCCUGGGAAAAGCCAGAUUAGAGCGUUACUGGUCCAAGCCCGGAACACAUCGGCGAUACCGCCAUGGUAAAGGGGUGUGGUAGUGAAUGUGGCUGCUGUGUGGCCGUCGAAGCAAGGUAGCACGCCAACGGCCGCACGGUGAGACUGCGGUAUUGGUUUUGGAACACCAGUGGAUGUGCCUGAGGUGUGAUGUAGGUAUGCAAUGUCGGUAUCACAGACAAUUUGAUCUUGAUCUUGGUGUUCAUGUACGGUGUCGAC